AUGAAGAUUACUAGGACUGAUCAACAACGCUUCCAAGAUGAGGUGGUGUUGAAGUAUACUGAUGUAAUCGGUGAGAAACUAGGAGGCAAGGUACUAUCAUUCAGUGAUGAGUUUUUUGCAAAGGCGGAGAAUCUUUUAAAACCAACUGCCCCUGUCAGAGACGCCACUAGAUUUGUCCACACUGGCGCCUGGUAUGACGGCUGGGAAACUAGAAGACAUAAUCAGGAAGAAUCUGACUGGGUUGUGAUUAAAAUGGGAGUUUCCAGUGCCCAGCUAAUUGGAGCUGAAGUGGAUACAGCAUUCUUUAAUGGUAAUCAUGCCCCUUUUAUUACAGUAGAGGCGGCUAUCUGUACGGAUGAAAAUAUUGAUUCUGCCAAAUGGGACCUGAUUAUUGAUAAACAAGAAUGUGGACCAUCCCAGAAACAUUUUUUUGUCAGAGACGAAAUAACCGAAACCGCCUACACCCACGUCAGACUCAAGCAGUAUCCUGAUGGAGGAAUAGCUAGAUUCAGAUUAUAUGGAAAAGUGGUACCUAUACGACCAAGUGACGUUAAUACCAUUAUUGAUUUGGCAAACGUUAACAACGGAGGUGUUGUGCAGGCUUUCAGUGAUCAACAUUUUGGAUCCGCAGACAAUCUUUUGCUUCCAGGACGUGGCCACGAUAUGUCUGAUGGAUGGGAGACGAAAAGAUCACGUUCUAAGGGUCACAUUGACUGGGCAGUUAUCGCACUUGGUGAUAAAACAAACAUUGAUCACAUUGUCGUUGAUACGGCUCACUUUAGAGGUAACUUUCCUCAGUUCAUCAGAAUUGAAGGAACUUAUCAUGAAGGAGAAACCACACCUCCUUUGGAUGAAGGCUGGAAAAUAGUAGUUCCUCAAAGUAAAACAGGUUCUGACCAUGAACAUAGUUAUGAAGUUCAAGAUAAAAAGACUGUUUUUACCCAUGUCAAGCUGGUUAUUAUUCCUGAUGGUGGGGUGAAGAGAGUCAAAGUUUUUGGUCGUGUAGCUCAAUGA